AUGUCUAUUUCUCUCAAUUUGUUCAUAUCUGUCAGUCUGUUCAUAUCUAUAAAUCUAUCGGUCAGUACAUAUCUAUAUAUCUGUCAGAAUUUUCAUAUCUAUAUAUCUAUCUAUCAGUCUGUUCAUACCUAUCUACCAAUCUUUUCAUAUCUAUCAGUUUGUUCAUAUCUAUCAGUCUUUUCAUAUCUAUCAAUCUUUUCAUAUCUAUUUAUCUAUCACUCUUUUGUUCAUAUCUAUCGAUCUCUCUUUCUCAGUCUGUUCAUAUCUAUCGAUCUCUCUUUCUCAGUCUGUUUAUAUCUAUCGAUCUCUUUUUCUCUCUCAGUCUGUUUAUAUUACUCCCUCUUUCUCUCUCAGUAUGUUGAUAUCUAUCACUCUCUCUCUCUCAGUCUGUUCAUAUCUAUCAAUCUCCCUUUCUCAGGCUGUUCAUAUCUACUGAUCACUCUUUCUCUCCCAGUCUGUUCAAUUCUAUCUCUCUUUCUCAGUCUGUUCAUAUCUAUCAAUCUCUCUCUCCCUCAGUUACUGACUGUUACUCUCUCAAUCUCUCAGUCUGUUUAUAUCUGUCAAUCUCUCUUUCUCUCUCAGUCUCUUCAUAUCUAUCACUAG